GCAAAACAAAAUCGUCUACUCGGGUGACACUUGCAUCAUCUGACAACACCUCGUCGCGCCCCCGCAGCCGCGAGCGCCUUCAGCCAAUGGCGCGCUGGCGUCCAAGGAGCCUAUUUAUGAGGGCGAGUGCCGCCCAAUCGGCCGUCACACGACCUGUUCUGCAGAAGCGGAGAUGCUUCGGCUGCAGGUGCUGCUGGCACUUCUGUUGUCCGCCGGGCUGCUGGUGCGGGUCAGCACCGGAGCCCCUGACGCGGCUCACCUACUCGCAGAGGCCUUUGGGGCAGACGCGACACUGGACAAGGAGUCUGCUCGCUCGCUGCUGCUGAGGCUGAUCUACCAAGUGGCGGCGAGCGACGAGGCGCUCCCCGAGCUCGGCGUCGGGGUGACGUUGAUGCGGCGACAUCUUCCUCUCUCCCAAAGAGAGCGCAAGGCGGGUUGCCGCAAUUUCUUCUGGAAGACCUUCACCUCCUGUUGACACCACGUCGUCAUUCUCCUUCCUUCGAUGGUGCGCCUUCCAACCCUCUCACGUCAAAGGUCAAUUGAAACUUUGGCCGUGUCCCGUUUUUGUGACCUUUUUGUUAAGUGCCGUGUUGUUAGAUUUGUCCUCAUUGAAUAA